AUGACUGGCAAGAUCAUUUUCUAUGGGAGAAUUGUCCACAGCAAGUCUCUCAAAUGUCUCCAGAUCUAUACCAAAGCAGCACUAGGGGUCAACGACGACGGUAAAAUCAACUUCCUCGACGAAGAUGUUACAUCGGGCGAGGAGGCUGCGCAGAAAUAUGCCGGGUUUAGAGAUGCGAAAAUCAUGACGCUCAAGCCACUACAAUUUCUGUUCCCGGGUUUUAUCGACACACACAUGCAUGCACCUCAAUGGCCCAACUUCGGAAUCGGGAUGGAAGGUGAUAAUUUGUAUUGGCGAGAAAACUUUACCGAUCCGCUCGAGGUUACCUUUAAAGACACAGAGAAGGCGCGGAGGGUGUACAGUCAGGUGGUCCAGAAGGAGCUGGAAAACGGAUCGACAACAGUGGCUUAUAACACGACAAUCCAUUAUGAGGCAACAACGAUCCUGGCAGACAUGUGUCUCCAAUACGGACAGCGCGCCAUCAUUGGCAAAAUCUGCAUGCUGGUCAAUGCUACCCACGGUAAUUGGGAGGCCUCGGUUGAGCAAUCUAUUGAGGACGAGAGGAAGACAAUUGCCUACAUUGAAAAAGUUGAUCCCGACGCCCGCCUCGUCUCUCCCUGCGUGGAACCUAGAGGCGGAUCGUUUGUGCCCGGUGCCCUGAUGAAAGGGCUCGGCGAGUUAUGCUGUCGCAAGGAUGGGCGGCUAUACCACGUCCAAACCCACAUGGCCGAGACCACGCAGGAUGUUGCUCGCAUGAGGAAGCUACACCCGGAGUUUCAAGAGUACUCGGAUAUGUACCAUCACUACGGCCUGCUGCAUCAGAAAACAAUUCUUGCACACUGUGUCCACCUCUCCGAUCACGACAUCAGCAUGAUUGCUCAGAAUAAUGCUGGCGUGUCCCAUAACCCAAAUUCCAACACAUGCUUGACGGCGGGAGAAUGUAGGGUGAGACAACUGCUGAAUGCCGGGGUGAAAGUCGGUCUGGGGACCGACUGCUCGGCCGGAUAUUCUCCAUCUAUUCUGAAUGCGAUGCGCGAAGCUAGCAAUGUAUCCAGACAUCUUGUCAUCCGCACCGGCGACCCUUCGUGGCGUCUCUCGAUCGAGGAAAUCAUUUUCCUGGGCACUCUUGGUGGCGCACAGGUUUGUGGCAUGGAGGACAAGAUUGGUAACUUCGAGCCAGGCAAGUGUUUUGAUGCCUUGCUAAUCGACGUUGGCUUGAACGAUAAUAUUAAUUCCGAUGGCUGGGAGCAUGAUGAUCUGGCGUUGGUGAAGAAAUGGGUGUUCCUGGGCGAUGAUCGCUCGAUUCGGCUGGUGUGGGUGAGUGGCCAGCUGGUUGCUGGGAAAGAUAGAAGUUGA